UUCUGCAGCCCCGCCCCCACCACAUCCUGCUAUGAUCGUCGCUCUUGGUCGUUAACUUGAUGGACCAGCUGAGCGCGCCCCCUUCAGAGUAUAACCUCACAUUCUUAUACCAAUUCUUGCAAUACAUUGUUGUUAUUAGUUCUUGGGUCUCGACCGCUUAGCUGGGUCCAUUGGCAUUAGCUACCAUUGGCAAUGCCAUCGGCAUCACCAUUGGCAUCACCCUUGGCAAUACCAUUGGCACCACCGUUGGCGCCGUUUAGCUGGCCCGUCCCGUCCAUUCCUCGGCACGCCCGGCCCCGUCAUGUCCCUCCGUCGCUCCCUGUCCUCCGGCCAUAUGGGCUACGGGAUGCCCAUGGGCAUGGGCUCCGAGACGUCCACGCUGCAGAUGAACCCGGACCAAUCCGAUGCCCUCUUCCCCCUGGACACCUCGUUCCUCUAUCCCUUUGACGGCACCACGUCCAUGAGUCUGGAUCCCGGCGGGCCGCUACCGGCCUCGUUCGACACGGGCCCGGAUCCUGACUCGUCCGAUGCCCUUGUGGCAGCCACCGGCCGGGCUCCCUACUCGCCCGACGACGCGGCGGCCGGUACCAACGCGCCCCGGGAGCCCCUGGGGCCCAGUAACCAGGGCAACCAGAGCAACCAGAACAUGCUGACCGAGUUCACCAAGCGGCGCAACUGGCCGGCCAGGGUCGUCGAGGAGCUCCAGGACCUGCUCCACAUCCUCGACGCCAACGGCAGGAUCAAGCACGUCUCCCCCAGCGCCGAGCGCCUGACCGGGUACAAGCCGUCCGAGCUCGGCGACUUGUUCAUGCGGGACCUGCUGCACCCGGACGACGUGGGCGUCUUCACGUCGGAAUUCAACGAGUCCAUCGCGUCGGGCGUCCCGCUGCGCGUCUUCUACAGGAUGCGAAAGAAGGACGGGUCCUACGGCGUCUUCGAAGCCGUCGGCCAUGCUCACAUCGCCGCCGCCAAGUUUGCGCCCAACCCCAACAACCAGACCCCCUUUUGCCAGGCCGUCUUCAUGAUGUCCAGGCCGUACCCCACCAAGAACGCCGCCCUUCUCGACUCGUUCCUCGAACACAAGAUGGAGAAUGAGCGCCUUAAGCGCAAGAUUGCCGAGCUGCAGAAGGAGGAGCAAGAGGAGGCGGAAGAGGCCGGGAGGUCAUGGCAGCAGAGCCAGGAGACGGUGUCCCCCGAGGGCAGCUUGCGCUUCGGGCCGACGUCCUUCUCCCCAGGCGACGCAUCUACGACGUCCCGCGAGCGGCGCACGUCCAUGGAUAGCGGGGCCGCAGAGAACCUCCCGGGCACGCGGCGGGCCUCGAUAGGCACGACCCACGCCGACACCAUCGAGAUGCUCACCGGUCUCCGGUACCAGGAAGGCGAGAGGAGUCGGGGCAUCACAACGGGAAACCCCAGCGCGGCCCUCAUCGCGGGAGACGUCGGCAUCGCCGUACCGAUGGACAGGGACCAGCGCUCAGGGGACAAGAAGAAGAAGUUGAAGAUGGCGGAGGAAUACGUGUGCACGGAUUGCGGUAAGUCUUCUCGGGCGUCUCAAAGCUCGAUUGGUUCCCGGCCCUAACACCCUCACAGGAACGCUCGAGUCUCCGGAAUGGCGCAAAGGCCCUGGCGGGCCCAAGACACUCUGCAAUGCCUGUGGUCUUCGAUGGGCCAAACGGGAGAAGAAAAAGAGCGCCGGCCAUGGCGGCGCGGGCGCGGGCGCGGGCGCCUCGGAACAUCAGCCACAUAUGGCCGAGGCCUCUGCUUAAGAAGUCAUCCGUUCAUCAUCUCUUCCAAGUGGGCACAGGCAAUACACACAUAUGCGUGCACGACUUUGCGGUAACCCGGCAUCCUCUUCACUCGGAGGUUGAC